UUAGGGUAAAGGGCUCGCUGCCCUUGGGCCGAGAGGGGAGGUGACUCGAGCUGCUGAAGACGCAAAAUGAGGGCCUUGCGGGUCUCCCAGGCUCUGGUUCGUUCUUUUAGCUCAUCUACCAGGAGCCACUUAGAAAAUCGUGUGGCCGAGAAGCAGAAACUCUUCCAGGCGGACAACGACCUCCCAGUACACCUGAAGGGCGGAGGAAUGGACAGAGUCCUGUACAGACUGACCAUGGCACUGACCCUGGGGGGCACCGUCUACUCCUUAUACUGCCUGGGAUGGGCCUCCUUCCCCCACAAGAAGUGACACCCAGAAGCAUGGAGGACUCGGACAAACAUCAAUAAAUGUGCUCAUCUCUUGUGAACUCAA